CCCCUUCAUUAUCCGCGUCCCUGUGAAGACAUCCCCUAAAGCCCAGCCGAGUGAUUAUCCCCGGGAAGGCUGCCUUGGGGAGGUGGGGAUGCGAAACACCCUAGAUGCUGGGUAAUGCGAUGGGGAAAUCGAUGAUUUAAGAACAAAGCAAAAAAACCGGCGUUUAUCUACUGCCGCUCGGAGGGUUCAUGUUAAAAUUUCUUAGUGUUUGCUCUCAAAGGUAUUGUGCGUUGCCUUGGAGGCUGAGAUGUGGGAACAGACAGAUCCUUUGUUCUGAGGCUCACUCAUCUCCUGAGCCCCGAGCCAUCUCCCAGCCUCAGACGGCUCUGCGGGCUGCAUCUGUGCAGCCUGGCAGCGGCGGGGCUGCGCUGUGACAUUUUCACAGCCCUUCUUGCAGAGGCAUGUGUGCUAGGGAUGCCGAAAUGCCGAGAGCGCCGGCAGGACUAGCUUCCGGGCCGCGCUUUGUGUGCUGGGCUGCAGUGUGGUGCGGGCGAGGAUGCUGGUAGGGCGGUUGUCGCAAGCUCCAUCUGCAGCCUCCGUCUACGUGAGAGGACUAGAAAGCGGGCGCAGGACCAGGCCUGCGUUCUUUGCAGAGAGGCCGUGGCUACAAAAUGGAAGUGCUUUUGCGACCUGGGCUCCAUUUUAGGAAUUCUUGCCCGAUUUUAACCACUUGAACGCGGAAGUGGCUUUUCUAUUCUCUUCCAAGCCAGCCUUUAAUUUUAAACGCUGUAAUUAACAGUUCGCGGGGGUCAAUUUCCUUUAUUCCGGAACAUUCCACUUUGAGAAGGAUCUGUCCUCUUUGGUCCCCUGCGUUUUGAAAUAUUUGAGGAAAGGUGUCGCCUCUUUUUCUGUGGAAAGAGGAAGCUCAUGAGCGCGGAAUAGCAGCGGACGGAGGGCGAGAAGGGCUUUCUCAGGUUGCGGGUCGGAGGGCAGAAGCACAGUUCCCACUCCAGAGACCCGGACAGGUGGCUGUUUCUCACGCUCACUUUGGAUUGCUCCCUACGGCUUCCUCCGCAGCCAUGUCUGACAAACCUUGUAUGGCUGAGAUCGAGAAAUUCGAUAAGCCGAAACUGAAGAAGACAGAAACGCAAGAGAAGAAUCCAUUGUCUUCCAAAGAAACUAUCGAACAGGAGAAGCAAGCAGGUGAAUCUUAAACAGGCGUGUGCCACCAAUAUCUACUGUACAUUCUACAAGCAUUGCUUUCUUAUUUUACUUCUUUUACUUGUUUAACUUGGUUAGAUGCAAACACGUUGGAUGAGUUUGAAAGGACCGUGCUGCCCUUUUGACAUCAAAGACCUGCUGACAAUGGAGGCCACGCCUGCUUCUCCCAUCGCCUGUCCGUCUGGCAGGGAAGGAAAAUAGCUUGAAUGUUGGUGAAAGACUUAGCGGAGUGGGAGGGCAGUGAAAUCUAGAGUAAAACCAAGUUGGACCAAGUGUCCUGCAGAAUCUAAAAUGAAGUUUAAUCAGAGUGCCAUUUUUGUUGUUGUCUGAAAGAUUUUAAUUUUUGGAAUGCACAGUUUUUAUUUUAAAAAGACAUUUUUAAACCACUGCUUGUGAGAUUGCUUGUUGAUUGGAAAGAGUGUUUUAUUCACCAUUUAAACCUUUGCAAAGUGGCGUGCCCCUUGGCCUCACAGGCAAAGAAUAACUUAAAAGCUGGCGAUUUGAAUAAAUUAUGUUACAGUAUGAAAUAUGUUUUACCUAGAUAUGUAAAAUACUUUCUUUAUUCUAGCUAAUUGGGAGAUUUUUUUUGGCUAAUUGAGAUUAACUUUAGAUUAUGUUUUCAAAACUGGCUUAUACUGUAAUCUAAAACUAAUAAGCACUAAUUUAGAGUUCAGCUAUAUUGUUGCAUGUAGUGAGAAGGGACUUAAUUACAAACUUAAGACAUAAGUGUGCAAUAAAGUAAGCUAAGAAGAAAAUAUGCUUCUAA